CAGGCCUUGUUCACCCUCUGAUUGACGAAUCAAGUGGUAUAGGUCAAUCCGAUAUGGCAGUAUCAAUCUGUGGGCCAAUCUCGUUGUGCCAUCAUCAUGGCUGCCAUUGUCUUCGCUCGACAUGUUGAUUAUCCUACAACUUCUUAUGUCGCUGCAAAUUGACCAUCAACGAGUCACUUGCAACAUCACAUGCAGCAAGCACACUCUGGUUAUAAGUGAGGCUGCUGCCCACCCAGAGUCCAGUCAGGGCAAGCCUUCGAAAGAGCAGUCAUGGCUCAACCUCCUGACCGCCCUUAUAAUGGUUACAACUCGGAGGGACAACUCCCCGCUCAGCUCGAUGUUGCCUAUCCGGAGCAAAACCCUCUCAACCAGCCAAACCCAUACUGUCAGGGGCAACAAUUCCCUGGUCCACCCAAUACGCACUAUCGCGAUCAACACCUUCUUCCUGAUCGACCAAACAACUACGACCAGGGACAGCAGCCAAUCAUUCAACCGAACAGUGGCCAAAUGCCCCUCGACUUCCAGAACUACAUCGCAAUUCAAGUACCCUCUGAAUACCAGCAGGGCAACAACCUGAGCCAGCAGAUUACGGGCUUUUCUCACUAUCAGCCUUCUCCGCUUCCCAUCAAUCAUGAUAGCAAUACUGGUCAGCAAGGGCUCUCCUCUUAUGUCGCCCCUUUCAACCCAAAUGGCAACACCUUCACCCUCAGCCGCUGCGACAGCGAUGGUAGUCCUAGUCAAUGGCCUAUCAACGAUGCCUCCAUGCAGCGCAUCCACAACCCCACUCCUUUCCUCUCUCGUAUAUCAACUGCAUAUGCAAAACCAGACUUCUUCACCGACCCUCACACAGGGCAGAAAUUCGCUCUACACGACAUUGUAUUUCUUGACUUACCUAGAGGAUACGCACUGUAUUGGAAAGCUCGUCCUCAAGUACCUGAAAAGUCUGCUCCGAGCCCUAACGGUGAUUACUACGUCUAUGGACAUGCUAGAGGUCGCUUUAGAUCGGGGGAAAUGUUUGCGAAGCAUGUUCAUGCUAUGUUGAUGCAGGAGUUGGAUAGGUGUGGGUGUGAGCAGUGCAAGCUGCCUGCUCUGAUAGGCUUGAAAUGUUGAUGGCAGGUUUCUGAAGCUAUGAGAAGGUCGCUGAGAUCUGUGGCUCUUCCUGAAGUCCGAGGUUAAUUGACUGGGGCGACUUCGCGAAGCAGGAGCGCUUUUCCGGCCUCUAUGCCAUAGCAUCCAGAGGAAAGUGCC